AUGGACUUCUAUCUCCGAUGCAAUGCACUUAAAUGCCGAUGUCAGUUGAAGGAACAAGCGGUUGUUACGACUUGUUCACACAUCUUCUGUCCUACUUGUGCAGGUGCCCUUGGUCUUUCGAGUUCCACUACUGGCGAACGUCAUUGCCCAGCAUGUCAGGCAAUCCUCAUCAACCCCGAUGAUGUCGUGAUAACCGCCUUGAGCCCAACGGAGGAUUACAAAACCAGCGUUUUGAGUGGGUUGGAUCCAAACACCAUAAUGGAAUGUGCUGGACGUGCCUUGCUCUUUUGGACCUAUCAAACAGCCCAAGAAAUCUACUACCAGGAAUUUCUGGCAAAGACACUCACAGACAAGUAUACGGGUUUAAAUACACAGAUGGAUAAAGUUAUUCAUAAUGCCAACACGGAAAUUUCGACUCUACAGGCAAGGCUAUCAGAUAUGCAGGCGACCCAUGAGCAACUUCAGAAGAAGAACCAGGAGCUUGUUGACUUAUACCGAGAAAAGUGCAAGAAGUUCUCCCAAAUUACGAAUCUCUAUAAUUUGUUGAAAUCUCGGGCAAUGAGGUCCCAUAUGCAGACCGCUGCUUCGGACUCGGUUUCCCAGGCGCUGAAUUCUUUAGGAGCGUCACGGAAUGACGCUUCAGCUUCGGCAUCGAACAAACCACUGGGUCCACAGAUACCACUGCAGACACCAUCUCAUCGUCAACAGUACAUCUUCCCUGUCAACCAAGAGGGAGUGGAGCAAUUACAUCGAUAUCAACGUAGCGGCACUGGGAGCUCAAAGGGGGUAAGGAAAAGAACGGAUACCUCAGCGAUGCCACCUCCAAGUCUCCCAGGAAAUCAAAGACAUCGUGAAGGAGGUGCCCGUGACUCCUCAGCACCGAACACGCCUCACAGGCCAGUCACUUCCUUCCACAAGAAUGCCACACUUACCACCAAACAGCGUCGUGCUUGA